GAGAACUAACGCCUCAAGCCUCACGGGAUAUCUUCAUAUGCGAAGGGGCUGGUCGGCACUCCGACAUGACGAUCAUAAUGCUCUCGACUUAUGCUUGGAUAUAAAUACGGGAACAAAAGGGAAUGGAAAGCUGAGUUACCAGUCCUUACUUCAAAUCGGGCACCGAAAGAAGUGUUUAUAACUAAUUCUGCCUUUCUCUAUAUCCGUCAUCAAUAUGGCCAGUAGCUCACCAUUCCAACCGCUCCCACAAGGACAGGUGUCAGUCCUGGAAUUGUUCUUCCCAGGCUUGUCUCGUAUCUCCCCUGUCAUCCAACGAUACACGGGGAUCAACUUAGAUGCAGUCGUUCCUUUGGUUUGCCUCUGUGGAUUUCUUGUGUUCUUAUACAAACGUGGCUAUCAAGACAUAUCGAACUGGGUGCAGAAAUCUUUUUCUUCGACCGUCCACGUCUCAUGCAACAGCGAGGUGCACGAAAUGGUUCUCGCCUGGGUGUCAAACCAGCCAUUUGCCAAAGAUAGCCGCUCGUUCCUUGUCAACAUCGACCUGAAGAAAGGCUACGGUCCGGGUGCAAACGGCUCAGUGAAGAAGCCUCUACAAUAUGCGCCUUGGAAUGGAGAACUUCGAUUCUGGUACAAGAACUACCCGCUCGUGUACCGCCGUAUGGAGAAGAAAGGAGAUCUCUUCCGAGACAGAGAAGAAGUCUCGAUUUCGUGCCUCGGGUGGUCUUCACGCAUUCUGAAGGAUCUAUUGGAGGAAUGUCGUCAGAGGUACCUGGACGAUCUCCAGGGCCAAACGCUAAUAUUUGAAGUUCGAAGCGGGAGGUGGGAGCAGUCCAAGGCGCGAUGCAUCCGACAGAUAUCGACCGUCCUCCACGAGGACAAGGAGAAAGAAGCCCUUUUGAGCGAUAUCUCGAGCUUCCUUGACCCGGAUACGCGGGAAUGGUACACCAAGCGCGGCAUCCCUUAUCGACGGGGCUACUUGCUGUACGGACCGCCCGGAACUGGCAAAUCCAGCCUUAGUCUGUCGAUUGCGGGGCAUUUCGACCUGGACAUUUACAUUCUGAACCUGGCGAGCGUCGACGACCGUACUCUAAACAUGUUGUUCGCCCAGUUGCCGCAACACUGCGUGAUCCUCCUGGAAGACGUAGACGUAGCCAGCCAAAGCCGAUCGCAAGACAAGGAAACGGAACACCCUAAUCCUAUGUCAAGCCUUUCGGAAAAGCAGGGGAAGGAAGUAACGCUGUCCGGGCUGCUCAACGCUCUUGAUGGAGUAGGGUCGCAAGAAGGCCGGGUGCUCAUCAUGACAACCAAUUACAUCGAACGACUGGACGACGCACUCAUUCGUCCCGGCCGCGUGGACUGGAAGAUCCAGUUCCGGCUGGCCGAUAAAGACAUUAUUUGCCAACUAUUCCGCAUCGUUUUUAAAGGAUCAGAUGGAAACGAUAACGAAGCCGUCGAGCGACAUGCCAAAAACUUUGCUAGUCGAGUGCCCGAGUCGGAGUUCAGCCCAGCAGAGGUUCUCUCACUUCUGUUGGAAAAUAGGCAAUCCCCAGGGAGCGCUGUUGCCAGGGUGGAGGCAUGGAUUGCUAAAGUUAGGAAGGAAAGGGGGAAUAAGCUAAAGCGGGAGGGUUCUUGGGUGCAUACUGCGUAGCUUUUCUUAACCAGCUUGGCAAUGGUUGCUCUCGCCUUCUCACACUGCACAUUCCUUGAAAAUAUUAACUGCUCUUCUGUUUCCCUUCAGGUUCUUCUAGAAACUUUAGUAUAGUCCAGUCGAAGACAUAAUCAUACUCGAAGCCCUUACGGCGGAACAGAUUGCGGAACAAGCGGAGCAAAUAGCUGUAGUCGAGUUUCUCCCCGGACCGGACGUGCUCGAAAUACUUCUUGAAUUCCUCUGGAA